UGAAACGCAACGCGAAGCACUCAGACAAGAAAUCCUUGGGCGUCUCGUACUAUCUGAUUAAGUAGUGCGUGUAUUUACAUAUCCACCAUCUAUAAAAAAUGAUUUUUGAAAGAUAUUGAAACAUUCAUAUAUUUAAUACGGACUCAUUUUUCGAAUAUAACAACACUUUUGUACAUUUUCAAGGAAACGUCGGCGCAUUCUCGAUUGUUGUUAAGGAUAAUUACCAUGGCGGAGGGAUAUGUACCUUUUUCGGACGUUAAAUGAGUAGAACCGAAUUCGCGGUCAGUCAGAUUGGAGCUGAUCACUGGACGCCGAUAUAUUGUCUUUAACCUGUAUUCUAUUUAUUUGUAUUUAUAUUUAUUUUAUUCGGGGCGUUUUUUGUCGUCCGUACGGUCUGAGCACAAGCUGCUCUGGAAGCCGUGCACGUCGUGCCCGUGUUUCUUUCUGAAUUCUUUUUGUGCGGAGGGCUCGCCUUUGGCUCCGUGUGACGGAGCUGGACUGCGGCGGAGCCGAUAGCCGGACGCCGCCGCCCCCCACCGCUGCUGCUUCACUUAUUUAUAGCUUUUCUGUAUUAUUUUUCGUCGGUGUGUAAACGCGGAGGCGCCUCGACGCGCAGCUCUAACAUGCUGCUCUCCAAGCUGGGCUCCCUGUCGCACAUGUGCAGCCCCGGCGCGAUGGAGCACCUGCCGGUGAAGAUCCAGCUGCAACCAGUGAAGGUCGAGAAGGAGCCGUUUGACAAGGUCUACCAAGUGGGCUCGGUGCUGGGGAGCGGCGGUUUCGGCACCGUGUACGCCGGUAACCGGGUCUCGGACGGGCUGCCGGUCGCUGUCAAGCAUGUGGCGAGGGACCGUGUCACAGAGUUUGGCACCAUUAAUGGCUCAGUUGUGCCCCUGGAGAUUGUCCUGCUGAAGAAGGUGGGUCCCUCAUUCCGGGGGGUCAUCAAGCUGCUGGACUGGUACGAGCGACCCGACGGCUGGCUCAUCGUCAUGGAGAGACCUGAGCCCGUCAAGGACCUCUUCGACUUCAUCACCGAGAAGGGCGCCCUGGACGAGGCCACGGCCCGUGGCUUCUUUCGGCAGGUUCUGGAGGCAGUCCGCCACUGCUACAGCUGCGGCGUGGUUCACCGGGACAUCAAGGAUGAGAACCUGCUGGUGGAUCUGAGCAGUGGAGACCUCAAGCUCAUCGACUUCGGCUCGGGGGCGAUCCUGAAGGACACGGUCUACACUGACUUUGACGGCACCAGAGUCUACAGUCCACCGGAGUGGAUCAGGUACCAUAGAUACCACGGGCGCUCGGCAACGGUGUGGUCCCUGGGCGUGCUGCUCUAUGACAUGGUGUGCGGAGACAUCCCCUUUGAGCAGGAUGAGGAGAUAUUACGUGGACGUCUCUACUUCAGGAGGAGGUUGUCUGCUGAAUGCCAGCAGCUAAUCCGGUGGUGCCUGUGCCUGCGGCCUUCGGACCGGCCCACACUGGAGCAGAUCUUUGAUCACCCGUGGAUGCGUGUGCCGGAGGAGCCGGAGACGGCGGGGCGGGGCAUCCGGCUGGGGGCCAUCAGCAGCGACGGCUCCAGCGACGGCUCUGGCACUAGCUCCGGCGAGGAGGGCCUGUAGAGCACAAAGUGGACUGUGUGGGCCCCGCCCUGCCCUUUCCUUCUGGGAACUGUAAUUUAUUAUGGUUUGUUAUUCCUUUAGUAUUAUUUUUUUAUAAUUUCUGAAUGGUUUCCCCAUGGGGAACGCUUGCGGGUGGUCUAACCAGCACUUUUAAUUUAUUUGUUUUUUAAUUUUGUUCCGAGGCUGGUUUAUAUUUUCUGCAACUUACGGACGCGCUGCUCUCAUAGAGCUCAGCCGACGUUCAUCAGACUGUCUCCUUUUGAGUUUUCAGUGCCUUUUUGAAAGCUGCUUUGUGGGGCUUUCGUUGUCAGAGUGUUUGUAAGCUGUACAGACGGUGCACCCUCCCCCUACCCCCAGCCCCACCCCCCAGGCAUGCGCGUUACCGGUCGGCGCCGAGUCGCAUGAUUAGGGGUGGGACCCAUGCUCACAGCAGAAUACUUGAAGCUCACACUCCCAACGCACACCCGUGGUACCUGCUGCUCAUUCACACUUCUACCUGCAUCCGGCCAGCCCCCCUUACCCCGAUUUUGUUUAUUGACAACACCCCCCCACCCCCAGCCCUGCUGUCUGACUGCUGACACUACACGCCUCUGCCCCACCCCACCCCUAUCUGCCAGGCACAACCAAUGCAAUAUUCAUUGACUCAGUUAAAUACACUGCAAUAUUGUAUCUAUGUACAUUUUUCCCAUGUAUUUAUUUGUAAACAUUCCACCCUGGAUAUUUAUUUAUUGCCUUUCUUAUUAAAGUGGACUUUGCCCGCAGUCUCACUGCAGCCUUGACCCGCUUCUGCCCCCUUUUCCCCCCCCAAAACGUAACGUUGACCUGCUGUCUCAAAGCAGAAUCCAUGCUUUAAUUUGAGGAGCAAUGGUGGGUGCUUGUGGGGGGAGGGGCUUGUGUAGUCUGUUCAAUAGGUGUCACCUAUUUAACUUAAUGGGGCAGGAGGGAACUGUGCUUGCUGUUGUUGAAUUGAAGCCCACUGUUGGAUUUAUUUAAUUUUUGUCUUUAAGUUGGUGUGAAAUUCAGUGAUGGAGCCUAUUUUUAUACAAAAAGUUCAAUUAAAUUUUUUUGUACUUAA